AUGAGUAGAGCGAAAACUUUUCUGUAUUUGACGAUAGGUCUCGUUAUUUUAUUCUCAAAUACUGUUGAGACAAGAAAGCAAGUCAAGAAAAUAACUUUAAACGAUGUUCUGGAGACUUUUGAUCUCCUACCUAAGACUGAAACUCAAAGAGCCACUAUCAAUUGGGAUGUUAACUGCUCAACUGCUAUUAACUAAAUGAUCCAAGAUGUCACUAAUAUUGGAAACAUCUUCUAUUUGCUACUGAACGGACUCUACCUCGGAUAAUGGGGAGAUUAUGAAUCGUGUCUCGCAGAUGCAAACUAAGGCCAAUAUUUGCUAGUAAAUAUUGCUGGUGACUAUAAUGGCACAGCUGAUUUCACGAGGGGUGGUGCAGGAAAAUAUAAGAAUUUUUCCACUUAUGUUGGUAUGUGCAUCCCCAAAUAAUGUCAAGAGAAAGAUGUAGUCUCAAUGAACCCUCAUUUUACUUCAAUGGCAAUGAAUGUUAAUUGGACUAACGUUUCAGUUUCUUAUACCUUCGCCUCAAGAGACAAUUCAGCCAAGGCAUCCUCAUUGACAACUGGAGCUCUUAUUACACUCCUAAUUCUUGCAGCUAUGAUCGUUUUAGGUGUGGUAGGAAGUAUUGUUGAGCUCUCCAAAGCCGGUGAUAUUGCGGAUCUUAACUAUGAAAAACUAAAUGCUGCUGCCAAGUUCAAUACUGUCAAAUAGUAUGAACCAAUUCUUUUGCAAAGGAAAAAAGCAUGGGCUAGAGGAAUUAUGUGCUUCUCUCCAAUUAGAAAUUUCAUCAAAAUGAGCUAAAUGCCUCCUCCCUACUUGAAGGCGAUGGAUGGUUAACUGAAUUAAGAUCUUGUAAAGAAUUUACGCGUAUUCAAUGGUAUCAAAGCAUUGAGCAGCAUUUAUUUCAUCUAUGGCUGUACCUAUUUCUUCUCUUGGUACGCAAUCUAUGAUAACCCAAGUGACAUUAACAAGAUGAAAAACAACAUAUUAUUCGCUAUCAUUCCAGGAGUAUUCUUUAUUGUGCCUAUGUUCCUGUUCACUUCUGGUUUCUUGUCAACAUUCUCAUUCCUUCAAACAAAAGAGACAUAAUAAUUCAGCGCUAAAAACAUUUGGAACUAUUACCUUAGGAAGGUUAUUAAGGUUAUCCCAUUCAACACCUUCUGCAUUGCCUUCUUUAUCUUUGUAAUGCCUUACUUAGGAAGUGGACCUAUCUGGGGUGACUACGAGAAGAUUGUUGAUCCUUGCAAAACUUACUGGUGGACAAAUGCUCUCUUCAUUAACAACUUCUAUCCAGUUGCAUAUGAUGACAAGUGUUUGGGAUGGAACUGGUACUUGCCAGUCUAUUUGUAGCUCACAGCACUUCUUCCAUUUAUCCUCCUUGCUUACAAACUCAUUAAAAAGAAGAUCAUCAUAUCAAUAGUAUUCCUUAUUGUGAUGUCUUUCUUCUUCGCUCUAAAUAUUUCCCUUGUUGCUACUGCUAAGAAUGGAGCUGUUCCAAUAUUAGAUGAUGAUAACAGAAAUUACAAGUUCUAUGCAGACAUCUUCAUGAAACCAUGGUUCCAUAUCAACGCUUAUCUAUUAGGUGUUGGACUUGCAAUGAUUUACUAUGAAUAUGUAAGUGAAAAGUCCUAGACAUAACCAGAGGAAUUCGAAGAAAACUCCAUUCCUUAGAGAAUUUUAAAUGCAAUUAAUGAGAACGCAAAGAUAAGAUAUCCUCUCUAUCUUUUUGGACUAUUCUUGAUGUUUAUAAGUUUUCUCGGCUGCCACGGACUUUUAAUGACUAAUGACAGGUACACAGCUUAGGGAUUCUAUGCAAGUUUUGCCUACUUCACCUUUGCUCUUGGCUUUAGUAUGCUUAUCAUACCUGCUCUUUUAGGCAAGGCUUAAUUUGUGAGGUUCUUCUUUGGAGGAGAUCUCUGGUCUCCUUUCCCAAACAUCGCUUAUGGAAUCUACUAAGUAUGCCCGAUGAUUUGUCUCUUCUACUUUAUCUCAAUGUCAAAUGCCCUUCAUGUUGAUUAUCAAAUGUUCUUCUAUUACUUCUGUGGCAAUUUUGUUUUCACACUCACUCUAACUAACAUUCUCUAUAUAUUCAUUGACAGACCAUUCUCCUCAAUGAUCAGACAUCUAAGUGAUAUGGAGGAAUUGAAAAAGAAUAUCACUGAAAAGAAUGACAUUUCUAACUUUAAGAAAGGUGUAAUAUUGGGUGUUGAUGAUGUGCAGAGAAGACAUUCAAAGCAGAAUAUGAUGGACUUAAACAAUCAUAGUCUUUCACCCAAAGAAGAGGACAACAAUGCUGAGGAUGAAGCUCAAUUAGAUGGCCUGCUUUUGGAUAAUGGAAGCAACAGAAAUAAUCAAGUUUAAGAUAAGAACUUGACAUCUCCUAAAGCUAAAAUCAUUGCUAAAUAAGAGUCAUCCUUCUUUAAUCUAUCUGAUGGAAACAUAGAUCCUGCUAACCUUGAUGUCCCAACUUCAAACAUGAAGAAGAGACCUAUCCUCAUAUAAGAGGAAGAGGAAAAGCAUGAUUCAAGAGAGUGA